CUCCCCAUAGUAAUAACCUCUUUCAGAGAAGGUUAAAAAGAGACAGUGCACAUGCUCAGAAAUGCUGCACUUGUUCUGGGAGCAGUUUGCAGCGGCCAUUUCAAAGAGACCAUCACAAAGACCAGGCAGAGAUCAGAGAAGCACCCAAUCCCAAGAUGCUGGCACCCUGCCUGCUGAGAAGAGUGGUCCUCACAGUUCCUUUAGUCCUUCUGGUUGCACUGCUUCUCGUGGAGCCUCUUAGGUCUGACCAAGAAGCAGGAACAGCCAUACCAGCUGAAAGUCGCCCCUGUGUUGACUGCCAUGCAUUUGAGUUUAUGCAGAGGGCUCUGCAGGACUUAAAGAAGACAGCCUACAACCUAGACACACGGACAGAGACUCUGCUUCUUCAAGUGGAAAAGAGAAACCUUUGCGACUGUGUCACUGCAAAUCUGCUGAACUGAAUCCUGCAGGCCACCUGAGGAGCAUCACUGCUGAGUGGUUUUUCAAGUGCAGCUGUAUAAAACACAGCCUUAAUGGAGUUCAUGUGGCAAGCAUGUAUGCCCUGAUGCCCUGAGGGAACUGGGGGGGGCUGUGUCUUCUGUAUUUGUCUGUUGUGCUUUGGUGGUUUUUUUUAAGAGUACCCUCUUUUCACACCCAGUGGGUUGCCAGGAAGAGCUCAGGUCAGUGAAGCUGUCACUUGUGGGGGAAACAUUUGCCUGCUUUAAUUUGAUAUCAGAGCCAGGUGGAACCCCCAAGGUAAAUGUAGCCAGCGGUGCUCUGGAGAUACCUGCAGCUGGGUUUUGUCUCUAAUGUGAACAUCUCUCUGUAGCAACUCACCCAGUUACACUGAGACAGGGAACUGUGCUCUCUGUAGACUUUGCCUGUCUAUUAAAGAUGAUGGAAGUCCUUUCCUGUCUGUUGUCUGCACUCUGACCACCUUCAACCACACUGCAGUUCUCCCAGCUCUAAAGAGGUGCAUCAGGAGUUGGGUGGUGCUGACAUUUAAUGUCAAAUCCAGACCAGCUUUUGAGCAAACCAGAGUUCAUUUAGGCAAAUGAUACUGGCAACAUCUGCCCUUUGGUGUGGCUUCUGCACUGAGCCUGGUGAAAUACAGCAGUUUCCUUCCCAUAAAUCCCAGCAGACUUUAGGUUGCAGUGAGGUUGGGGGUCAGUCUGUUCUCCCUACUCAAACUUCUCAGCCUAAAUCAGACCUGGGAGGGGAGAGAGUAUGUUAGAAAAAAGCAGUAGAAAAUAAGGGGUUGGUCUCUUCUCCCUGGUAUCAGGUGAUAAAAGGGGAGGAAAUGGCCUGAAGUUGUGCCAGGGGAGGGUCAGGUUGGAAAUAAGUUAAAAUGUCUUUGCUGCAAGAGUGGUCAGGCAUUGGAACAGGCUGCCCAGGAAGGUGGUAGAGUCACCAUCCCUGGAGGUGUUCAAGAAACCUGUGGGCAUGACACUUGGGGACAUAGUUUAGUGCCCAGGGUGGUGUUGGGUUGAUGGUUGGACUCAGUGACCUUAGAGGGCUUUUCCAACCCAAACAGUUCUAUGAUUGUAUGGUACCAGGUUUAGUGAGGUUCUAACUAUUCAGCUCUUGAUCACAACUUAAAAAGAUGACCAUGGUUUCACUCUGAAACUUUUCAGUUUCAUACAGGGGGCUCUGUUGGGACAGCAGCAGUGUCUGAAAGCUUCAGAGUCUGACCAAGGUUUAGCUUGUGGUUGGAUUCUUGAAAGCUUUCCCAGGAAGCUCUCAGUUGAGAACCUUGUCAGCCAGUGACAACAACAAAUUUGUCUUUUGGUGAAGGAAACUUUUCUUCUCACCAAACCUCUGACUCAGUGUUUAAAGAAGACACUGAGCCAUCAAGCAAAGGGCAACCAUCAUCUCAUGAGGGACAAGAUAAGUAUAGGGUGCUUUGAUUUUCAGUCCAUUUCAGGGCCUGAGGUGGCUGCC